AUGAUCUACUUUCAAAGUACUCAUGCCAUUAGCCGACCUACUUUUCGACGUUUCCUUAUUCGACAGUUGGUACGUCUCAUAUUGAUUUAUACUAUUGGUAAAUACUUUGUCUAUAGACUCUAUCUCCAUCCUGCGAAUCAACUUCCUGGUCCUCCUCCUGAUUUAAUUCCUUUUGUGGGUCAUUUUCGUCAACUAUUAUCCAAAGACGCUGGGGUGACGCAUCGUGCAUGGGCCAAGAAAUAUGGUAACGUUUUCAGAUAUUUUGCAGGUGGCAAUCAUCCACGUAUCUUGAUUGCCGAUGCUGAUGCAGUGAAACAAAUAUUGACAAGCAACGAAUUUGACUUUAUCAAGCCUCCAGAAACAAAGCAAUUCCUAACAUUGUUCUUGGGUGAUGGGAUCCUAGUGACAGAAGGUGAUGUACAUCGAUAUCAACGGAAAAUGUUAAAUCCUACCUUUGGACUAAGUGCUCUUCGUGAUAUGAUACCUUUGAUGGUGGCACCUACACAACAAUUGGUACAUCAAUGGAAUUUACAAUGCUCACAUGGUCAACCGACAGAAAUCAUUGUAUCUCGAGGAUUAGGUCUUUUGACAUUAGAAAUCAUUGGUCUUGCUGGCUUUGGGCAACGCUUUGAUUGUAUACGAUAUCCAGAACGUAAUGCUUUCAGUAAAGCUUAUUUGGAUUUAUUAUCUGGUGAUUCUCCUGUAGAGGCUCUGCUGGCCAUGAUGUUCCCUUGGCUUCAUCGUUUACCUGCUCCUCGUGCUUGGCAAGUCAGAAAAGAUAUGGAAAUGUUACAUCGUGAAGUACAAGCAAUGGUUAACAUGGCAACUCAACGUACCGAUAUUCAUGAGAAGAAGGAUCUAUUGGCAUUAAUGAUUCGACAGGUAGAUGAUGAGACUGGUAAAUCACUCACGGCAAAGGAAUUACAAGAUCAAUGUUUGACUUUUUUAGCAGCUGGACAUGAAACCACCAGUGUGGCUGUCAGUUGGGCAUUGCAUACGUUAGCAUAUCAUCAAGAUAUCCAAGACAAAUUACGCAAAGAAAUCCAACAGACACUCCCACAAGAUAUCAGUGACGAUGCAUUCAGUUAUGAUGAUAUCAAUCAACUACCUUUCCUCAACAAUGUAUGUAAAGAAGUCUUAAGAUUUACACCACCAGUGCCAAUGACCAACCGAAUUGCCAUCAAGGAUUUCCAAUUACAAAACAAAUCAUUCCCAAAGGGAACGCGUGUAGUGAUCUGUCCUAUGGUAUCUCAUUUCGACAAGGCUCAAUGGGGUGACGAUUGUGAUGAAUUUAUUCCUUCUCGAUGGGACCAUGCUCCUGCUAAUAAUAUUAGUCCUUAUGUCUAUCUUCCUUUCUUGGCUGGUGGUCGACAAUGUAUUGGAUAUCGAUUUGCAUUGAUUGAAUUCAAAGUAGUAUUAGCACUAUUGAUCCGACAAUUCAAAUUUACUCCCAAACCAGGUUUCAAGGUACGAAAAGGAUUGCAAAUCACUUUGAGGCCCUUACCCAAUAUGACUUUGAUGGUGGAAAAGGUUCCCUCUGUUUGA